CUCCAGCCGACAUGCAUCCGCGGACGCUCGCCCUGCUGGCGUCUCUCGCCGUCGCUGCUGUCUGUGGGGGCGGCGUCGGCGUCGUCGCACAGCCAGGUGGAAAUGAUGCAGAAGUAAUUAGUCAGCAGCCACCAGAACCUCAGCGAGGAACUGUCGCCGAUUUCAUUAAGUCGCGGGCUGACGCCGUUUCUCCUACCAACAACCAAGAAGAUACUGAAGCACAACCUGAUCCUAGAAAGAGGAAGAAACGGACAGUUUGCCUCAAGUGUCUGUUGGGGAAGAAACUUGGUGGCUUCGGCGGAGGAGGUGGCGGUUGCGGUGGUGGCGGCUGCGGAGGCGGCGGGGGCGGUUUUGCCCCGGUCCCUGUGGCCGUACCUGUUCCCGUCUAUUCUGGGGGUGGCGGCGGCGGCUGCGGCCAUCCAGGCUGCGGCGGCGGAGGCGGAUAUGUGCCCAGCGGAGGCGGCGGCUGUGGAUACGGCGGCUGCGGGGGCGGUGGCGGCAAUUACAAGCAGAUCACCCAGCCAGUGGAAGUGAAGGUCCCUGUCAAAAUCACUGUGGUGCCAAGCGGCGGCGGCGGCGGCGGUGGCUGCCCGACGGGAGGCUGUUAUCAGCCGCCUCCUCCCCCUCCGCCCCCUCGUUACCCACCCAGCGGGGGCGGAUGUCCGACGGGAGGCUGCUUCCAGCCUGCGCCGCCGCCAGUGCACUACCCGCCCUCUGGCUGCGGAGGUGGCGGCUGCAACCCGCAGCCCCAGGUCUGUUCCACCUGUGGAGGCGGCGGGGGCGGAGGAAGCCAAUCGUACAGCCAGGCCUCCAGCCAAGCGUCCAGCUCCAGCUACAGCUCCGGCUGGAGAAAGAAGUAAUAUUCUGCACCUGGAGAGCUUCACCAUGGACGAUGCUUCACAUCCGGACGACUCUAAGACGCACUGCCUGUUUUCCGAACAGAUACUACUCAACUUAGAGAAUCGUUCCAGAAGACUGGAAGUGUACACUGCCAAAUUGUUAGCUGAUGUAAUCCCUCGAGAGACCUCCGAACAUACAACAUCAAAAAGUGUUCUCAAAAGAAACUAUUCAGUCAUUAUACAGCAUCCGAUUAGCAGUGACACUAUAUUUGAUUACCGUUCUCAAUAAUAAUAAAAUAUUUUCUGUGUGAGUGACAGGGAGUCAGAGACUAAGACUUCAGCCGAACUAUCAGUGUUGCCUGCGUCUCAGACCUUAAUUAUGAAUUUGUUAAUAUUCCAACGUAAGUUGAAAAUUCCAUUCUGCUGAGAAACAUGUAAAACGGAUCACGUAGUGCAUUGUGUAUUUUGGAGGCGAAAUAGCGUAAGAACUGAAUAAAAAUAUUAAAAAUGUGUAA